AUGGAUUUAUUUUCAUCAAUUUUCCGAUUUCUGUCCUCAGCGCCCGCCAAAUUGCUUACCGGCGGAUUCCUACUCCAACAACCAGUCGAUGGUGUCUACGAUGAUGCCCUCCCAAUCGAGCAAGACAUCACGGUAAUUCUUGGCGCUGGUGUUAUAGGUCUCUCAACGGCCUACUAUCUAGCUCUCUCGCUGAAAGAAAAUGGUACAUCUUCUUUGUCAUCUCGACCAAAUGUGGUUGUGGUUGAGCCAUCGCAUGACAUCUGCCCCGGGGCAUCUGGUGGUGCCACAGGGGGAUUAGGCGAUUUUGGAUUUAGCGACACAGUUUCACCUUUGGGGGAACUUUCCUAUGGGCUACAUAAGGAAUUAGCUUCAACUUAUCAGGGCAGGAAGAAUUGGGGUUUUAGGGACCAAAAUAUUUUCCGUGUGACACCGAAAAAUUUCACAGGAGACCUAUUGCCACCAGAUUCAUGGGCUCCAGUACCUCCUGUGGAAACGGAUUUAUCUAGCCUACCCGACUGGAUAAAGUCUUCUGACCACUGGUCAGUGCAAUUGCUGGCGCCCGUGCCUCAUUCCUCUCAUAUUGACCCGGCGCGUUUCUGUCAAUUCUUAUACAAACAAUGCAAAGAUUUGGGUGUGCAGUUUCGCUUUAAUUCUCUCGUCACCUCUGUCCAACAGGCCGAGAAUACCGAGAGUUUCCGCAGCGUUACCAUCAAAUCUAGCACGACUACCCAGACAACUGAGAGUAUUCCAUGCCAUGCUUUGGUAAUUGCAGGUGGGCCUUGGUCUCCCAACAUAUUCUCUACGUUGUUCCCAGAAGCAACCGUGCAACUUCGCAUGAAUACAACAUGGUCAGCUGGAAAUCAUGUCCGGGUUCGCAAUCCCCGCCCGGAGAUAUCUGAUGAAUAUGCCAACUCGACCCAGAUAUUUUUGAACAAUGUUCUAUCAAACUCCGACACAAUGGACAUAACUUCAUUUCUCGAUGGUUCGUUGUAUUUGGGAGGAUGGGGCGCAAUACCAGAGAUUUUACCAGAAUUUGCAGACAAUGUCAAGCCGCAACAAGCAGAGAUUGAUUCCUUAUUGAGAGUGGCCCGUCAGUAUCUGUCCCUUGGACCAGACGAGGCAUUGGAGGCCUUUGAUACCGGGCGUUGCUAUCGCCCAUGCGCGGUUCCCAACAAACCAAUCAUAACAAAAGUUAAAUGGUCUCUUUUGGGAUAUCCGAACGAUUUGCAAAGGACGGCCAGUUCUUGCUCCACGGACCUAGUGGGACAUAAACAAGCCGUAGUAGGGGGACUUUAUAUCAAUACUGGUCAUAAUAGUGAUGGAGUGACUCUCGGCCCGGGAAGUGGGAAGGUGAUGAGUGAAUUGCUUUUGGGACGAACGCCUUCUGUUCCCGUCUCGGCGUUUGAUAUAGAAUCUUAG